CCUUCUACUAUACAAAUCUUUUACUCUGUUUCUAUUGUCGUGUCUGAUUUACAUUAAAAAAAAAAGUCUCACUUCUCUUUUGUUAGUUCGAUCUGAUUGUUUCCUCUCGAGAAACUCAGCGAUGGCUUCAUCUUAUGGUUUUGUUUGAAUUGGCCUGCUUCUGAUUUUUGGGUUUCUUAACAUUGAUGUGAUAAUAAUGGGAGCAGCUGAAGUAAGAGCACUCUGGCAAAGAAGAGCAAGCCGUUGCUUUAUUGUUCAUGAGGAUGCUACAAUGCCUCCUCCGAGGUUAGCUUGUUGCCACCAUCAACAACAACAACAUUCUUCUUCUUCCUCUUCGGGCAAAAACAGCUUUUCUUCUGCAAGUUUUGGAGAUUCCUUUGAUUUCUCUUCCGAUACCAAAUGGUGGCUUAAAGGAUCAUCUGGCUUUGAUGAGGAGAUUGCAAACUCUUUCCUCCAAGACACCAAAUUCCAUGAAUUCGUCGACUUGACCGGGAUAAGUAAAGAAAAAGAAGAAGAGUAUAGCUUUAUUAGUAAGAAAGAUACAGCUACAACUCCAUGGUGGAGAAGCACUACGGAUCAGGAUGAAUUAGCUCUCUUGGUGUCCACUAGAUCAGUUGAUCAUCAUAUUCAAAACUGUGAUCUUCCUCCGCCCCAGAAGCUCCACAAGAGCAUUCACUGCACUACUACUAGUAGCGAAAAAGGGUUUCAGACAGCAGUUACUAAAUCACCAUGGAACAAAGGUGCUUGGAGCGAUCGGUUUGAGAGAUCUUCGAGUUACAGCAGCAGUAAUAGCAGAGAUAGCAAGAACGGCAGCCCAAAGUCUUCUCCUAAGAGCGAUGAUCUAAGCAAAGCUCAGCUUUUAGAAGCACUGAGACAUUCUCAAACCAGAGCAAGAGAAGCAGAGCAAGCGGCUAAAGAAGCUUGCGCCGAGAAAGACCGUUUGAUAACUAUCUUGAUGAGGCAAGCGAGUCAGAUUUUAGCUUACAAGCAAUGGAUAAAGCUUCUUGAAAUGGAAUCUCUUUAUCUGCAGAUGAAGAGGGAAGAAGAACAAGGGCAGGUCGAAGGAAUGAAUCUCAAGAAGAGGAAGCAAAGAGGAGAGAAGAAGAAUAAGAAGUUGGGUGAGAUUGGGAGAUAUAUGAUGGCUUUUGCGUUGGGGUUUAGUCUCAUUGGUGCUGGUCUGCUCUUAGGUUGGACUGUUGGAUGGUUGUUUCCCUUCUAGAGUCUUGAAAAAAACACGUCUUUUGUUUGAUCACUCACUGAUCUUUGCAGGAAGUUAGGGUUUUAACUUUCACUUUUCCUCUAAAAUUGUGUGCAUGUGUGUUGUCUUCAUGUAUAUAUAUGUGUGUGAUAUUCCCUUCCUAUAUUUAAGUUUAAUAUUAGUUUAGAUCAAAAGAUUUAGAACGUU